AUGCCCAACUCGACGACGUCCAAGGCGACGCUCGUGCGCCCAACGCUCGGGCAAGAGCGAUCGGAUACAGGAUUCCGCGCAUGUAUUUCCUCUGCCUUUCAGGGCAUGACCCCAGAACAGCUGAACGCGCUGGUGGAUGUAUGGCGCACUGGCGUCCUCCCCGGAGUAUUCUUCCGCGAUGAAAUGUUGUUGAAGACGUAUGUAGUCCCAUUGCUGCAACAAUGUCCACUUUCUCCCACAAAGAUCGUCGAAUAUGUGCGCAAAGCUGCCUCGAUGGCGCAUGAUGCUUCCGUGGAAACGGUGCUGAAUCGGAGUAAUCUCAAUACGACGCAACACCACAUCGAGCACAAGAAUGGCUAUCGUGUCGUUGGGACCCUUGGAGAUUGCUUCGUCGUGCACUGGAUCGGUCUUCCCGAUGCAUACGACAGCUUUAUCAAGCGAACAGAACUCGCAGCGUCCGACCAAACUUCCUCCAUCGACUCGAUUCAAGCGCUCGCGUCGCCAUCACUCGUCGUGUCAUCGGACUUUCAAAGCGCCGUCGCAGAGUUUGGACCCAUGUGGGUUAACCCAUUGGAUUUCGUCGUUCCUUCUCCACAGACGAACACGUCCCAUGGCCUACCUCCGGCGAAAAAGCCACGUGUAGAUACUUCCAUUCUCAAGCGGCUUCAAGGCGACGCGGCCACAGUCGUAGCAAUGCUCCUCCAGAACGCUGCCACAACCACUGCUGUUGACGCUCCCAUCCAGGCGGAAGAAGACUCGUGCGUCCUGUACGGUCAUCUCUCCCCUGCGCCGGCGCCUCCCCUCAAAGCCACGACGGUGCACACCGUCGACCAGCCGUCUGUGGUCAUGCCCAGUUGCAGUCGAUGGUUCUCACUGCAUUCGAUUCACCCGAUUGAGAAACGGAUGCUCCCAGAGUUCUUUCAAAAUAACAAGGCCAAGACUCCCACCGUGUACAUGGCAUACCGCAACUACAUGGUCAACACGUCCAGGGCAGCGCCCCACAUGUACUUGACCGCCACCGCAUGCCGCCGCAACCUCGCCGGUGACGCGUGUGCCAUCCUUCGUGUCCACGAGUUCCUCAUGCACUGGGGAUUAAUCAACUAUCACGUUCCCGCGCAUGCUGCGCCGCCACCGCAAGUGCCAACCCCGACAUCAUUUGAGUUGGAGCCACGUUCGCCCGGCACAUCGAUCGCUCCUGUGCUGGCAUCGCAAUUCGUGUGCGAGUCGUGUCCCUUGGCCAAACCGGUCGAAUUUGAGCUGACUCCAGAAGCCAAACGGAAAGAACGGCUCGUGCAGCAUGGCAUGCCUCUGCGCAAGCUGGACGCGUGGGGGGUCCGACCUGGCUCGGGUGUGUGCGCCGCUUGUUUCGUAAGCCGCAAGUUUCCGUCCCAUCUGGACCCGUCCGACUUCAUUGCGCUUUUCCCCGUGUCGGCGACACCGUGGACGACGGACGAGAAGCUUUGUCUCCUCAACACCCUCAACAAGUUGGACACGUCGCAACAGGUGGACUGGAACGACGUGGCGCAAGCAGUUGGUCGACCUGCCAAGGAGUGCAUUGCGCAGUUUUUAAAGACACCUCUGGAACCUCAAACUCCGACACCAGUGGCGGCGACUCGCCGUGGCGAAGGCAUGGCAGAUUAUCCCCAUGUGACAGCCGUGCCGGACUUGGCCUCCAUUGUGGCUAGCGCCGACCCAACGCUGGCAAAAGCUGCGGCGAACGCUGCGGUGGCGCAACUGGACGAAUUAAAUCUCCCCAGCCAGCAACAACUAACGUCAUCGACAGCGGCGGCGAACGCAAACAAGGGACAUGAGGCUGGUGCUCAAGCGCUGGUCAAGGCGGCAACAGCUGCGGGCAUGACGGUGGUCAAGAACGAGCCGGGGACGUCAACACAUGACGAGGCAGCGAAAGCCCAGACGACUGCUGCUACUGCUGUGGGGGUGUUGGCCGCCAAGGCGCAGGUAAUACGCAGUCUUUGACUAGGUCACGUCAUGGCCAUCAAAAGUUUGGUUGGAUCUGGGAUGCAGCUGUAUUCACGGUGGACUGUGUUGACGUAAAAAAGGGCAUUGCCAAGUACGAAGAUGGCGUGGUGAAGGGGCUCAUGAGCGACUUGGUACAGUGUCAAAUGCAGCACAUUCAGCUUAAGCUCCACGCGCUGGAGCAGCUGGAGGCGGCACUGCAGGCGGAACGAGAUCAGGUGGCCAAGGAGCGCUACGAAAUUUACGUCGACAAGCUCAACAUGGCCCAGGCCAAGUUGGCUGUUGCUUCGUCGGACGAAUGAAGUGGAUUGGAGUGAUGGCAUGAGCCACUGGAGGGGUCAACGCAAGUCAUUAUUUAUAGUCACGCGCGAAAAGAUUGACGGCGCCACGGUCUUGGCUGAGUUUGAGCGCCUUGUUGACGCCUUCGGGGCCAAGCACUUGCUCGAGCACGUCUCGGAAACUGCGGCAUUGAAUCUCCUAUCGCGUUUUCCAUGGCCAAAACCUGUGAGUUCGCGGCAGAUGCACACGACGAUGGAAACAAACCAAGCUGCCAAGGAGCAUCAACACAUCUUGCUCUGUUUCGGAUGCACUUGCCACACUCUCCAUCUAAAAGAGGGCACCGUCACCCUCC